AUGUAUUCAAUAAUUCACAGAUCUCAUCUCAUCCUUUUCAACAUGCGUGGCAAAUCUGGAUGUGAGACCUAUGAAUCCCAACCUCGUCGAACAUCUCGUGUUACUACUCCUCUGCGAUUGGAACCUGGUAUGAUUCAACCUUCACAGGACAGUGGGCGUGGCCUUUUCCUUCCUUCUUCGCAAGUCCCUUUGUCAAUAAGCUCAGCACCCAAACCAAGUGCCCGAAAACGUGGCCGAUCCACCUCUAGAUCGGAUUGUGAGACCGUGGUGAGUCACAUCGUCCCCAACCCGCCCAAAAGGUCCAAGCGAAGUGGUAUCGAGCGAAAGAAGGCUGUCAGCCAGAAGAAGACCUCCCUCCCUCAAUCAAAAGGAAAGAAAGCUGUAUCCACUGCAUCCACGGCCACCGCAGCCUCAGGACCAUCAAACCAACAACAUAGCGUCGCUCCCUCGGUAUCAAGCCAUGCUCCUUCCGCCAACCUGCGCCAAGACUCUGACGACGAGAACGCCAGGAUCCGUAAAAAGAAAAAGAAACCCGAAGGUGCCCUGGAACUAAAGGACGAAGUAUAUGAUGAUGUUGGUUUAUACUUUGGAGAACCAACACGUGGUGAAGAAGAUUGA